CCAAUGGCCAAUAGCCAAUAGCCCUCAAAUCCAUUUGCCCGCCAAGAUGUUCCGGCUGUCACAAUAACAGGGAAUUUAGCUACUUAAACGCGCUAUUCUCAUAAAGCCUUGGCAUACACCCUAAAAAAAGCGUUGGAUCGAUAUUUCCUCUCAUGAUUGGCAAACCACUCUCUGAAAGACCCUAGAUUCGAAAAACGUGGCUCGUAGCUCAUCGAACGCUUUGAAGCAAUGCUCGGUGCGCGGAUGGUCAUUCGCGUGAUAGAACGUACAAAACUUCGAAGCUCUAUGAUGCUCAUCCCACAAAGUGUAGACUACACAAGUGCCAUAACAUGGUUUGUUAGUCUUCGGGCAAUAGGCUGUCCGGCAGCACAAUUGAUGAUCUACGUACCUGUUCACCUUUUAGUGCUGAUGAAUACAUUCGCACGAGCCUCUCAUUCUUGAUGCACAGUUGGGAUUUCAGGGUGGCGACUCUCUUUAGCAAGAGAUGUCCAUAAAUAUCUGUACCUGGCAUAAUUCCUUGCGUAUUUUGGGGCGCAACGAAUCUUUGCAAUUCGAUAUUGUGACGCAAGCGAAAUAACGAAUAGUAAGAGUCGAAUUCAGAAUGGGGGAAAGUCAUGCAUGGCAGCUAUAUGUUGCUGUUUAUGUAUGCUAUGCUUUGGCAUUUAUUGGGGUUGCGCUGCGGUGUUAUGCCAGGUAUUUUAUGCAGAAUAUUAUGGGGUGGGAUGAUUGGCUGAUGCUGGUGAGCUUGGUGUGUAAACGUCUCAUCUUUCAUUUCAAGGUGAAUAAUGAUGGCUAAUGAAGAGUUAAAAAUAGGCUAUUUAUACAAGUUACAUAGGUCUUGUAUUGACAGGUCUACAUUAUGGGACCGGAAGGCAUCAGCAAGACCUGAAAGAGGCCGAUUUCCUCGAGGGAAUCCGGGUGAGCUCUUUCCUCAUCGAUAGAACUGCUCCCCAUAUCGAAAACUUACUAAUUCUAUAAACAGUUUUGGUAUCUCGGCGAAUUGAUCUACAUCGUUUCAAUGACCGCAAUAAAGACUUCUAUUGCCCUGUUCUACCUACGCAUCCUCAUCUCCCCGUGGCAGCGGCUCUCGGUAAAAUGCAUCAUGUGGAUAGUAAUCAUCUUCAGCUUUACGUAUCUCUGCUGCGCGGUCGUACAAUGCUGGCCUGUUAAAUUUACCUGGGAACGAUUUGGUACGAAUUCUUCUCUGGAAACAGGGAGUUGUUUUCCGGAUGCAGUUAUGCUUAGUGGGACGUAUUUGCAUUGUAUUAUCAGUGCGGUGAGUGAUUGGGCCUUGGCGUUGUUGCCCAUUGUGAUGAUUUGGGGUGUGCAGAUACCCGUGGGACUGAGGGUCAUCGUUGGGAUGAUUGUGCUCUGUGGUAUUAUGUGAGUAUUUUUCGUUCCUCAUUUCCUAAUUCUCUAUCAUUCCUUCCCAAUCGUUAUUUUAUGAUCAGCAAACUAAAACCUCAUUUCCCUGCAGUGCUAGUACAUCAACCUUAAUCCGAAUCAAGACUGUACCAAACAUCAAAGAGAAGCAAGAUUUUCUCUACAACACUGUCCCACUUGCUGUCUGGUCAACCGUUGAACCCGGAAUCGCUAUCUUUGCCGCAUGUCUCGCUACACUUCGACCAGUCCUUCGUAUCCUCUUCCCCAAUCAUAUUCGAGACGUAGCAAUACACAAACCACCGGAGUUGAAUAUCCCCACAAAUCUAGCAGGAAGGAUAGAAUCGUCAGAUGACGUGGAGUUGGGGCAUAAUGCCCAAAUACAAUCCGAGAAAAGGUCUCGAGCCUGGACAGGAGAAAGUUCGCAGACGAUCAAUAUCCAUUUUGAUGAUAGGGAUGAUGAUAAAGCGAGGAGAGAUACACAAAUGACUUUUUAUGAGGAGACUUCAGGGAACAGCUCAAGAUCUGAGGGGUUAGAUAAGGAAACUAGGAUUUCUACCCAUACUUCUCUGGGACCAUGUCAACGUCUGCCGCCAUUGGUCUUUACGUCAAGAUCUCUCUCGCCGAGAUUGAAUUCGCCGUCAUCACUUUCGCCUUCGCAUGUCGGAUUUUGUAUGAGAGAAAGCCAGUAUAUCAGGAAUUCGAAAGUGAUUGAACCUACUUCACCUUUAUAAAGCUAUUUCGAGCCUAUAAAGACCAAGUCGAGCGAUAGGAGGUUAUCGUGAUUUUCUCGUGCUCAAAUGACCGCAUGAUUCAAAGUGAUGCUGUUCCGAUG